AUGAUUAAUCAUAAUUCAGAUCCUUUGGUGCAUGUUAUAGGUGGCAAAAAGAUCCUUAUGCAAGUAGAAUUUGUGAAGCAAAGAAAAACUAAAAGUACAAGUAUCAAACAAAGGCAUUCAAAAAUUACUGAUGAAAAUGAUCAACAUAAUAUCAAGACAAGAAAGAUAGAUAAAAAAAGCCAUAAUCUGAACAAAAAUGUUCAAGCCAACAUAUUAAACUAG